AUGAACAAGGUCUUCCCGCAGGGAGAGAAUGACUACGCUGCUGCUGGACCCAAAGCCCACCCUGGAGGGGAAGCAGGCUGCGGCCCCCUCUGCUGCUCGCGUCGCGGGGCCUGCCUCUCUGCCUCUCUGCUGUUCCUCCUGGCAACUCUGGCCGCCCUCAUCGCCUUGGUCACCAUCCUUGGACUCCCAUCACGCACCCCCAGAGCCCAAGCUUGUAUAACACUGACAAAUAGGACAGGCUUCUUGUGCCAUGACCAGAGGAGCUGCAUUCCAGCCAGUGGGGUCUGUGAUGGCGUUCGCACCUGUACCCACGGCAAGGAUGAGGAUGAGAGCUUGUGCCGAGAUGUGCCCCAGAGCCUCCCCCGCUUCCUCGUGGCCCACUGUGGAGACCCGGCCUCCUGGAUCUACUCAGACCAAAAAUGUGAUGGCACUAACAACUGUGGGGACUGCUCGGAUGAACUGAGCCCAGUGACUGUGUGCCCACCCUGUGGCCCUGGGUGGUGGCAUUGUCCUUCAACCUUCUUCAAGUACUGCGACUGUAUUCCGAGGCGUCUCUGCCGCGACCACAUACAGCACUGCUCCGACUGGUCCGAUGAGUAUGCCUGUCCCGGACCCUGAGUGGGCUACUCAGGCCAGCAUGGAAGGCUGGCUAGAAUGGCACUGAUAACCCUGCACAUGAAAAUUGAAUCCUAGCUCACAAGGGCAGGAAGGAGCCUUUGAAAUGGGAUCUACAACCAUUUCUGAAGAGGAAUUUUCUCUCCUGCUU